AUGGGGCAGUUUGAACGGCGAUCAUCCCACGCUGGUCUGGAGGAUGUGGAGCGUACAUCAGAAACCCAUGAUCAAGACCGGUUUCUGACCGGUCUUGAGCAGCAGCCUGCUCAGAGUCAGCAUCCUCGCCGGGGCGAACCGACCGAGACCAGACAUACUGGAUUGAAUGGUCCGACUACUUCAUCGACUUCGGAGUCGAGUUUAUCCUUUGCAAACAGGAUGCGGGCAUCCAAACAGGGUCUGAAACAUUCCGGCUCAAGGGGCGACUCUCACCACCCGAUGCAUUUCAUGCCGCAAUCAUCCAAUAACUCGAGAGCGUCUUCUGCGAAGACCUCGUCGAGUUCGCUACACACCAUGAGCGAGGAUACCGUCGCUGAUCCUCGACCGGAGCCUUCCAGUGGCGGUCUUUCUCGUUCCUCUCUAGUCAGAAGACUAUCACAACAACUCGAAUUAUCCUUUGGCCAAUCUCUCGUCCCAAAGACUCAACCUGUGAAUACGACCACCGAUUUCCCUGUUUAUCCCGAUCAGUCAUAUGCAGUGUUACAAUCGCAAAUUCACCCGCCUCCCUAUCAGCCCUUCCUUCGAGGGCGCAGUUCAUAUCCAUCACCAACCGAAAAUAUAAGACCAUACGACCAUGCUUUUACUACUGCCGGCGCCCGGACAGUUGGUAAUACCCCUGUUUCUACUCCGGGAUUGUUUGCAGGCCGUAGUGCCCGUACAUCUCCUUCAGUGGGAUCUGACGACGAGGGUUAUACAUUCAGUCCGUAUCUUCAUCCGACACAUCUACAACCCCCCAAAGAAACGCAUACCGCCGAAGUUGAACGUGAUCUUCAGACAGGAAAUAAACUUAUAAAUGACUACGAAGUGUUAGAAGAGCUUGGCAGAGGCGAACAUGGAAAAGUCAAAUUGGGCCGUCACCUGCGCACAAAACAACCAGUCGCAAUCAAAAUCGUUCAACGUUAUUCUAAGCGUCGACGUCUAGGCAAACUCGGCAAUCCGGAGGACAAGGUUAAGAAAGAAGUCGCUAUUCUCAAGAAAGCCCGACACCCUAAUGUGGUCAGUCUUUUGGAGGUUAUUGACGACCCGAACCGCCAAAAAGUGUAUAUUGUGUUGGAGUAUGUUGAGAACGGAGAGAUCAAGUGGCGAAAGAAGGGCGUCCGAGAAAUUGUGCAGAUGGACAAGAGACGUAUCGAGCGAGAGAAGAAUGGCUUUCCAGAUUCACCCUUUUUCGAAGAAGAAGGUCAACAAGUCGUUCGUUCCCUUAUGAACCAACGAAGACGCAGAGAACUCGCUCGUGAAAGGCAUCGUGCUCAAGCACAAAAUAACCAUCGACAUUUGAUUCCUGCCUGGAGCUUGGAACAUGGUGGAGAAUCAGAUGACGAGUCCAACCCGGAACUGGCAUUGGCACGGUCUAUUAGCCAGAAUCUUACCCAACACCAAGAUCGUAUGGACGGCGUAGACCACCAUGGAUCUCCAAGCCAAUCAUACAACAGCUCAGCAUCCGAAUUUGAUCGUCAUAUGCGGGAGUCAGUUUUAGCCGCCGUCGAGGGUAGCAUGUACGGUGCUUAUUCCGACUAUCCACUCGAAAGACGAUAUAGUACAGCAUCUAGCUUGUUCGGCUAUUCUUCGUCAGAAGCUGAUCACUUUUCGGAUGAUGACGAUCUUUCUUAUGUACCGUGUCUUACCAUUGAAGAAGCUCGCAACGCUUUCCGAGACGCAGUGCUCGGGUUGGAAUAUCUACACUACCAGGGUAUCAUUCACCGCGACAUCAAACCGGCAAAUCUUCUUGUGACAGCCAAAGGACAAGUGAAGAUUUCCGACUUUGGUGUAUCUUAUCUUGGUCGGCCGAUCAGAGACGAAGACGAAGAGCAAAUAAGCGAGACCGAUGCUGCAGAGCUGGACGACGCUCGUGGGGAGCUAUCCAAGACUGUUGGCACUCCGGCUUUUUAUGCACCAGAGCUUUGUUACAGUGGUGACGAUUACGUCGAUGCCAGUGGCAAGGGUCCUAAAAUUACUGGUGCCAUCGAUAUUUGGUCUUUAGGAGUAACUCUAUACGGCAUGAUCUUUGGGCGACUACCCUUCGUCUCGGACGAUGAGUACAGCCUGUUUCAAUCCAUCGGCAAGAACGAUCUCUUCAUCCCUAAGAAGCGACUCAAGCCGGUCGAGGUCGACAGCAGCAAAAUUAGUGCCGAUCCGCGCCACGGUGUGAUGAACAGCAAUAAACGACUGGAGGAUGAAUUUGUCUACGAGGACAUCGAUCCCAUGCUAGAUGAUCUCUUACGGCGUCUGCUUACCAAGGAUCCCCAGAACCGGAUCACUAUCAAAGGCAUCAAAACUCAUGCAUGGGUAUUGCAAGACUUGAAAGAAGAUCCUGCCGACUGGGUACAGAAAACCGAUCCGCAGAGCAAAGGUAACCGGAUUGAAGUAUCAAAAGAAGAAGUCACUAGUGCAGUCAGCAAAGUCCCAUUUGUCGACCGUGUCAAAUCGUUGGCCAAGUGGCUCAAUCCUCGCCGCGAAGGUCGAAGCCAUCCCAAACGGCCGUCCAGUGCAACUGGAUCCUCUGUUGAAUCUACAUCUUCAAGAGACUCUAGUGGUGCAUCAGGUGGUCGCCGAGCUAGCUUACGAGGGGAUGAGGAUAUUCUACGUCCGCAUCGAGCUGUACGAGAGGAGCACCCACUUUCUCAAAGCGUAACUGCUAGCCCAGAUAAUACCCCGGGACGUCCUUCCUAUUUCGAUCAAGCACCUGCCAGCGAUGUGGCUGAGGAAACUCCUCGAGGUCAUGUCACCGAACGCUUGUCAUCGAUCAUGUCGACCACGGCGUCGACCAAGACAGUGAGGCCAAUGCCGUCAACCAGAAGCUUCACGCCGCCAGUAACUGUUGAGGCCGAGGCCGUGACGGAACAGCAUGCUGUGUCAACACCCAACAUCGCUGGCAUUUUUACAGGAGCAACUCAUCGAGUAGACAAGGUAACACAUAGUGACGAUUAUCAUCAUCAUCCACAGUCUAUAGAUGUCGCCGCGUGUGAGACGGAUGGUCAUGCUGAACCUAGUUUAGCAUGGAGCAAUGCAUCCGCUACUGGACAGGUUGAAGUCCCGAUUGCAACGACAUGGGAGCAACACGAUCGACCUCAUAGCCAGGGGAAUGACUUUGCGGGAAGUCCUUCCUCGGCUGGACAUCGCCGCAAUCGGUCAGAACAAGUUCCACCAGAGGUCGUCGAUCAUCAAUCCUUUCACCACGCCAAAGCAGCAUUGUUACGCCAAGCGGCAGACCACACCCAGCCCGAUGAAAAGCGAGACACCGAUGAUGCUACGCCUGUUGAGAAUAAUGAACGUUCUAUCGAGCCAAGUCCGACAACAUCCACACAUCACUUGCCCUCUGAUGGAGGGUUAAUUACCUCACCGCCGUCCGCAGCGACCAUCUCAACAACGUCGGUUGACGAGUGUGCAAGCGAAAUGUCGCAGAGUGUGUCGCACCCAAGCUUACCGUCUAUUAUAUCAGGCGCCUCGUCUCUCUCCGGCGAUGGUCUCCAUACACAUAUUGAAGAACGGGAGAAGGAACUCGAUGCCACCCCUUAUGUGUCUCCUAUCCUUCGAACGGGCGACACGAUUACGCCGCGGAACAUCAAAGCGCAACGCUCUGCUACUGAAGAGGGUUAUGAUUAUGACUGUGAUGAUGAAGAUGUCGAGUCGGAGGAUGAAGGCAUUGUCUUUGGCAGGAAGAAACCUUCUACAUGAGGCUAAUACUCUACGAUCUGCUCCUCGACCGUCUCGCUUAUAAAUAUUUCCGUCCAAUUCGACAAUGUCGAAACGACUAAUGUGAAAAUGAUCAAGGCAGAACAGAUUGUUUUGCCUGUUACGUAUCCAUCAACGAAUGAAUCCCGAUGGACAUAUUGAUAUGUACAGUACCGCCGGCACCGGCCCUAUUCAAAUGAUCUAUUUCUCCUACCGUUCUCCUUCGAUGCAAAGGAAGGAGACCAGAAGACAAGACCGUACGAAACACGGUUCAACUGUUGAAUCGUCCGAAUACGAUCAUGCUUUUGAUUUAUGUUAUCCAAUGGUGUUAUUUAAUCCUGGGCACAAUUCGUUUUCGGGUCAGACACGCAAAAAUCAAAAACGGAGGGGUGGAUCUGCUAUAUAGACGUGGGGUGUGAAAGAAUCGUUUCCCGAUUUCCCCCAUUGUCAUACAUGCAUUGCUGGCGUUGUUUUUUUUUUCUUCUCUUCUGCCGUUUUUCAUUCAUACACCGAUUACCUUACUUUAUUUCUGUUUGUUCUCACUCUGUUUCGUGUAUAUAUUUGUUCAAAGAAUGCGCUACAUCGCAACUAUUUUCGAACGUCGAUUCAUCCUUUUACAUCCUUUUCUUCUUGAUUUUUAUUACGUGUAAAGACCUGUGGUGGUCUACUGAACAUGGUUCGGCUUCUUGUUUUUUUUUUUUUUUUUUUGGCCGGCUACUCAUCCGACGUAUAUUUCUUCAAGGAGGUAGCAAUACAUGAACUCUUAUC